AAUCCCAGUAUCUGUCUCUGGGUCUUCUAUUUUUCGUGUUACAGUAAUGAGACAACAGAUCUACGAGGGAAGCCCUAGUUGGAGCAUGCCUCGUCAUUACAUCAUAAUUGUCAAGUGAUGAUGUCAUUGUAGAGCACCCACUUUUAGUGUGUAUUGAAAGUGAUACCACAUGUGAAGAAUCAACAUGAGGGCCAGACCCCCAGGGAGAGCUGUCUUUGAAGGGCAUAAAUCAGAACACAUCAUGCCUCCUAAUAAAGAUGCCAGCAGUCUUAAUAGCUCGGCAGCAGGGCUCAUCUGCCUCCCUCCAAUCUCUGAGGAGCUACAGCUUGUGUGGACUCAAGCAGCACAGACCAGUGAGCUGGAUGGAAAUGAGCACCUGCUACAAACCUUCAGCUACUUUCCCUACCCAAGUCUAGCAGAUAUCGCUCUCCUCUGCCUACGGUAUGGGCUGCAGAUGGAGAAGGUAAAGACCUGGUUCAUGGCCCAACGGCUCCGCUGUGGCAUUAGCUGGUCAUCUGAAGAGAUAGAAGAGACUCGAGCCCGAGUGGUGUACCACCGAGAUCAGCUCCAUUUCAAGUCUCUUCUCUCUUUCACAAACCAAGCAGUGUGGCCCCCACAGGAGACUCCUCCAGUGCCCUCUCCAGAGAAGGUUGCUCUUGGACUGUGUCCUCUGGUUCUUAGUGAGCCCACCCAGAUAAAAGGAUUGAAGGUUGAGCCUGAGGAAUCCUCUCAGGUACCACAGCUGCCACAGAGUCACCAGAAAGUGAAGGAACCUCUGAUGACAGGCAGCAGAGCAUUUCUCCACCAAUCAGGUUUUUGUCAGGAUCUUCAGAACAGUGGACUCUCUAAAGAGCAUGCAAAAAGGGGUUCUGACCAGUCAUGUGGUGUAGGGACUGCUUCCUGGAGUCACUCCACAGCUGUUCAUCAGCCGUGUGCUGGGGAUAAGCCCCCACCGAUCUCAUUACUUGUCAGUAGUUGUAAGGAGGAAUCAGUACCUAGUGGGACACCUCCAUCUCCUUCUUUCCAGGUAUUGGCUAAUGGAACUACUGCUGCCCAUAAACCCCUCCAGCCUUUGGGAUAUAUUCCACAGUCAUUCUCGCCUAGUGAGCAGGCACUAUCUUCACAAGCAGAACCACCCUGGCCCCAAAGGCUACGAAAUAACUCAGUAGCAAGUAGGGUUGGCCCCACAGAAUACCUUUCACCAGAUAUGCAACACCAGCGAAAGACUAAGCGUAAAACCAAAGAACAGCUGGCCAUCCUCAAAUCCUUUUUUCUACAGUGCCAAUGGGCACGACGAGAAGAUUACCAUAAAUUAGAACAGAUAACUGGUUUACCCCGCCCUGAGAUCAUUCAAUGGUUUGGUGACACCCGAUAUGCCUUGAAGCAUGGACAACUAAAAUGGUUUCGGGACAAUGCAGUACUUAGUGCCCCUACUUUUCAAGAUCCAGCCAUUCCCACACCAUCAACUCAUUCCUUGAAAGAAUGGGCCAAGACACCACCUCUGCCAGCACCACCACCCCUACCAGACAUACAACCUUUAACACCACCUCUGCCGGCCCUACCACUUCCACCAGACAUACGACCUUUAGAGAGGUACUGGGCAACCCACCAGAAGCUGCAGGAAGCUGAUAUCCUUAAACUGAGUCAGGCAUCAAGACUUAGCACUCAGCAAGUGCUGAAUUGGUUUGACUCUCGAUUGUCUGAGCCAGCAGAGGUGGUAGUUUGUCUAGAUGAAGAGGAGGAGGAAGAUGAAGAACUGCCAGAAGAUGGUGAGGAAGAGGAGGAGGAAGAUGACGAUGAUGAUGAUGACGAUGCCAUACAGGACUGAGGGUGGUUGAGGAAGAAAAGGGUCUAUUACUGAAAGAUGGAACCACCUUAUUGACCAUUUAAACCUUUUUGAAACACUCUGUCACAAAGAACUAAAAAGCUUUGUGUUCUUCAGAGUGGACAAGGAAGGAUAGUAAUUUGACAGUAGGUUGGGGAGGUGACCAGGAUACAAACUAAGGUAUUAGAUCAACAGAAACACAAUUCUCCAGCCUCAGUGUGGAGAGGGCCAGGGAUCUGGGCAAACAGUUGCUGGAAAGAGCUCUUGCUUUCCUCUUGUUCUUUUCCUUUAGUUCACUUAAGCCAUGUCUCAGCCCCACAUCUACAUGGGGCCUGGAAUGGAGGGAAGUAUUGUGAUCCAAAUCCUACCAUCUGUCAGAACACAAGGUUGCUUUGUUCCCGUUCCUGACUUUCUGAGCAGAUGCCCAUGUAUACUGCAGCUAGGAUUUGCAAUGUCCCAGUUUUGUCAUAGAUAUUUCCUCAUACCAGUUUGAUUUUUUUACUCAUUUUGUCACUUAUUCAUGCAGAAGCAGAUACUUCUUGCUUCUAAUAAUGGGACCAAUCUUCCUUCCACCAUUU